AUGGGGAGGUCAGAGCGGCGGUGGGGCAAGGCCGUCACCGGGCACUUCCAUGCUGCUCUGUUCAGCUCCCACCGUGGGCGGGCGGCUCGCCGACCCUCUGCUUGUCCGCAGGCCGAGGGCUGGCUGCACCGGCAGGCCCGGGAGGAGGGCUGGAGCAGAGCGGCCAGGCUGCAGGGCAGGAGCACCCGGGAAGGGCUGAUAGGGCUGCUGCAGGAGGGGAGCGCGGCCGUGCUGGUGGAGGUAAACUGUGAGACAGAUUUUGUUUCCAAGAAUUUAAAAUUCCAACAGUUGGUUCAACAAGUUGCCCUUGGAACUAUGUUGCAUUGUCAGAACCUCAAGGAUCAACUCUGCACUUACAGGAAGGGCUUCUUGAACUCCUCUGAGCUCUCUGAGCUUCCAGCUGGGCCUGAGAGAGAAGGGUCUCUGAAGGAUCAGCUGGCCUUGGCAAUUGGGAAGUUGGGAGAAAACAUGAUUCUUAAGCGAGCUGCGUGGGUGAAGGUGCCAGCCGGGUUCUACGUUGGCUCCUACGUCCACGGAGCGACGCAGGGCCCCUCGCGCGGCCUGGCGCUGGGCAAGUACGGGGCCCUCGUGGUCUGCGCGGCGUCCGAGCAGAACGCACGCCUGGCGGAGGUCGGCCGCCGCCUGGGCCAGCACGUGGUGGGCAUGGCCCCGCGCUCCGUGGGCUCCCUGGACGACGCGCCCGGGGGGGAGGCCGACACCCGGAUGCUGUCCCAGCCGUACCUGCUGGACCCGUCCAUCACGCUGGGGCAGUACGUGCAGCCUCAGGGCGUGUCCGUGCUGGACUUCGUGCGCUUUGAGUGCGGAGAGGGCGAGGCGGCCGCAGAGGCCGAGUCGUGAGUGUCCAGGCGGCCGCGUGGGGCGGGGCGGCGCGGAGGGGUCCCCGCGCCCCUUGCUCUUCGCUUCUGGGCUUGCAGCGGAAUCGCGCGCUGGCCGGCUCACGUGGUCAAAUAAAGUCGUUGCAGAAUAAA